GGUUGUCGAGCCAAUCAUGGCAUCCUCGUGGUCUGCACCAGUGGUGGAGCAUCAACAAGCACUGGAUCCGUUAUAGGUCAUGAGUCUGGCGCUGGCCUUCAAUCAACUUCUGGUUCUGGAUACCGGUCUGUGGAGUCUGCUGGCAACCCGAAUAUUAGGUCCAGCUCUAUGGUUUCGUCGGCUACGGCUUCUGCAUCUACAGGGAAUGAUCCUAUUUCCUCUGCUUCUCUACUUAAUUCUCCCUCUCGCACUUCACUCCCAACCACUGGUGCAACACCUGCUCCAAAAAAAAAAUAUUUCUACGAGGUUAUAGUUCGAGAGCUGCUGCCUGGACCCUUAAGUGAGUAA